GCCGCCCAAGGAGCUCAAUAUUGGGCGUCCGAUACUUACCCAUCUCCAACCGACAACCUCGCUCCAACCAUCAUCCCCCCGGCAAACAAUAAAAAAUGUCGAGAUCGCCGCCGCUACAAACUGCUCCCAACAUCGACGUGGGUAAAUCUAUUACCCGAGGUGAUUGGAAAGUAACAACUCACAAGCUUCCCAUCCUAAAUAGCACCGAAAUCGAGGCCAUGACUACAGCCUUGGGCAUCUCGCCUCCAGAGAUGAUCUUUGGGAACAAUAGUGUCGAUGUGACCAACGAGAAGCUCAAUUGGUCCAUCAGUUUCAACGCGCUGGAUGCUCUCGAGCUGGUCGACAAGUCUGGGGAGUCAAUGCUGAAGGUUUCGUACUCCGAAGCCUGGCAGAAGAUGCGCGAGCGAGUACAUGAGGACAUCAAGGAAAUUGUGAAGCCUUAUGAUUGGACGUACACCACCAAUUACCAAGGAACUGUUCAUGUGGCUACCCUCCGUCCAUCCAUCCACUAUGCUCCUCUUUUGGAUGACUAAAAAGGAAAAAACGCUAACGCGACCAGAGCUCCGAUAGACCAUUCCAACAGACCGGUAGUGAAAUACCCUUCGACAAGCUCAAGCGCCCUGACCCUAUUCUCCUCUUUGACGACGUGGUGCUUUACGAGGACGAGCUCGCCGACAACGGCAUCUCAAUCCUGAGCGUUAAAAUCCGCGUGAUGCCCGAGCGUCUGCUCAUUCUUCAACGCUUCUUCAUGAGGCUCGAUGGUGUGCUGUUCCGCCUCAGGGACACCAGGUUGUUCAUCGAAUUCGAGACUGGCGAGAUCGUUAAGCAAUAUCAAGCUAGGGAGGAUACAUAUGCUAAUGUCCGAAGCGUAAGCCCCCUUCCUCCUUUCCUGCUCUUUCGCUUGUGCUAUGGCGUGCCUGCGGGGACCGAUGGUGCUGAAAUAGCUGGGCGCUGUGAUAGGGACUAUAUAUGCAUCCCCCAGAACAGAUUCCUAGUUUACUUCGGGAUGACAGUUUUAUCGCGGAGAGGCUUCCGGUUAUUGAGAUGGAGCGGGAACGUGUUCUUCUGGGUUAGUAGAUGGUAAGGAGGUGGCACUCACGGAAUAACGGGAUAUCGAGUAGGGAGGUAUGAUCUGCAUUUCUUUAGUUCAGGCUAGUGUGGAUAUCUCUGGGUUAUGAUAGGAUCGUUAUUCAUUUCGUCGGUUUAAUGGUACUCUGGCGUUGUGUUUACCGGGCGCAAUCAUGAAUCCAAAACCCGAGCCGCCCUGGCCGGCUUCCGGGUGAAGCAGGGAGAUAUCCUAUGGUAGGUUGACUAAAUGUCAGCACCGGGGCUAUCCUGCUCACAAUAACUCGGCGUGCUGGGGGGUUCUACGGCCUCCACCGUGCAAGCUGCGGACAAUAGAAUAUCGAGUGAGCGCCCAUGAUGCUCGCCUGGAAAUUGGCAUCCGGCGGGAAUUGGCAGACAAUUUGCAUGAUUAUAUACCGGGGAACCUAGCCUCGGGGGAAGACUAGGGGCUAUAAGGUACACUUGGUAGGGAGAUAAGGGAUACGGAAAGUACUUGUAGUUAUCACAGCUGCAGUUCUAAAGUAUGCUAGAGCAUAAAUCUCCCAGCGGGGGGGUUGUUUAGUGGCGUAAAUUAGUAGGAGGGUAUGUUGGCGGGUUGCCAGCAUUGA